AUGGAUAAUCGGCAUCUGCAAAAUGAUCACAAUAAUUUAAUAUCUAACGGCCGGAAUUCCUUGCCAGUUUCUUCUCACAAGGAUAAUUCACUGGACUCUAUUUUUGUCACUGAAACUCGUUCAAACCCAACUGUUAUUCCUACGCCAAUGAAUGUCAAGCUCCCUUCUGAAUCCUUAAAAAUAGAUCCUGGACUAGAAACCCAGUUUUCGGGACUACAAACUGGACCUAUUACUCUUGCAACCCUCCCAAAUAUUGCAAUGAAUUCCAAUGACAAAAUUAAUGUGCAGGUUGGAGAAUUAGAAAAUAUUCCGAUUCUGAAUGCUAUCGAUGGUCGGGGUGUUGAUUUACAACCUCUGGGCGGCAACAAUCAAUCAAUUCCGGGGGUUCAGAUGGUCAAACUAACUUUCAUUAACUGUGGAGAUCAACAAACGAUCCUUCUUACAACUCCUUCUGGACCUUUAAGUGGUUGGGACUCAGCUAAUGAGGGCCUUACAAUCACUAUACCAGAAAAUCUCCUUGGACCUUGUGAACUCAACCUGCCAGCACUAACUGCAGGUAAUAUUUCUCAAUCCCAACCUCCUCAAAUUGAAACUGAUCCUCAGGCGAUUUCCGAUAAGGUCAAUUUUGGUACCCUCAAUCCCCUUCCUCCGAUUACUUCCGUUUCGGAUAAAUUAUACGCCCCUAAAGUUCCCACUAGUGCACCGUCGAUGGUUGAAUCAAAUCAGAAUUACGGCCUACCCGAACUUGUUCCUCUUCUUACCACGACUGCUAAUGGUGAUAAAAUUAAAUUAGAGAAGAGCGCCUCCAACACUAAUGUUUUUCAGACCAAUGCUGCUGAUUUCUUUUCAAAUUCAGUUCCAAUUACCCUCAAUUUGCCUGCUGAAUCUUCUGUUUCUCUGAUGGAUUUUAAUUCCGCACAGGAACUAAAGAUCACUCGGCCCAUCAGUCCAGAUGAUGCUAGUCCACCUAGUAAUAACGCCGAUAAUCUGAGUGAUGCCGACCGUGACACUGCGAGUCCCGGUAUCGACUGUCCUGAAAUCAAUACAAGAGACUUAGCACAGCAGAUUAGCAAUGAAUUAAAACGUCACAGUAUUCCUCAAGCCGUUUUCGCUCAGAAAAUUUUACAUCGAAGUCAGGGCACACUUUCCGACCUUCUCCGAAAUCCAAAACCUUGGAGUAAACUCAAAUCAGGUCGAGAGACCUUCAAAAGAAUGUACAAAUGGCUUCAUGAACCCCAGCAUCAAAGAAUGGCUGAAUUAAAGGCUGCAACCGCGGAAUCUGAUAUCUACCCAUCGAAACGCAAAUCCACUGACAUAAAGCCUGGUGAGGAGAAGUCCAUGAAACGGCCUCGUUUGGUUUUCACUGAUAUUCAACGAAGAACUCUACACGCAAUCUUCAAGGAAACAAAGCGACCUAGCAAGGAAAUGCAGGUAACAAUCGCUCAACAACUGGAUUUAGAGGUUUCUACGGUUGCAAAUUUCUUCAUGAAUGCUCGAAGGCGUUCAGUGGACAAGUGGCAAGAUGAUAGCGAAAUUAGGCCAAAUGAUUCUCCCUCCCCGUCUCAAAGUAUGGACGCCAGUUCAGCAUCUCCUGCUCAACCCACUCAAGCUCCCCUCGCUUCAACGUCAAAUCUCCAAAACAUCUCUGUCUCUUCUGCCAAUUCACUCGAUCCUCUUUUGGCUUCCCAGGUUCUUCAGUCUGACAGUCUCCCUGACAAUCCUCUUUCAACAAAUGUUGAUUUUAAUGGCUCCCCCGCUCCCAGCUUAACAUCAGAUACUGUGGCAACCAGCAGUCUAACCAUUCCAGGAAAUGAUCUCCCUACCCAGGUUAUUGUUACCAACUCAACCUCUGUGGAUACCACUAAGACAAACACUGUCCCACAGCUCCUGACGCAUUCUGUUCAACUUCUUCCUGGAGGUCAGAGUGCGAUCCUCAUAAAUACUCCUUUGGAUGCUGGAGAGGUUGGAAAUAACGGCGUGAGAGAUGAAUCAAACCCUCCUUCUGGAACGACUUGUCUUAUUUCUGGAAUUCCGGUCUCCUUAGAUUCACUUUUCCCUACGACUUCCAAUCCAGGUUCAAACAUUUUCCAAUCUGAUCCUCCUCAAGAUCCACCUAACCCUGGUUUAGUUCUCCCUUCUGCUUCUACUUUGAUUGGCCAUGAUAGAACAACCACGCCCCUUCGACAUAUCAAAGCAGAAGGUUCUCAGACUCAUGUAGCGAUUCCCAUUAGCCCAAAGAAGUAG